UUUUACACCCAUAAAGGCUGUAAAAGCAAUAAUUUCUCCUUCUCUCUGACUGCAUUCUUGCAGCCAUUGAGAAAUACUCUUGUCACAUGGUACAAAGCUGUUCAUUCACAGAUUUCACAAGUAGUAAGCAAUGAUGUCAGACGUGACAUCUUGCUUACUACUAUUCAUGUGAUCACUGAUUGGUCAAUCAGUGAUCACAUGAUCGGGACCUCACACAGAGGUCCCAAACAGCGAUCGGUGUUCCCAGGGAGCGCGCACAGGUUGAAAAUGUGGGUGCUGUUUAUG